GUCAAAGUAAUGCUGUAACAGAGCAUUAAGUUCCUUCUGCUCACCCUUUCCUGCAGUGUUUUGUUUUGGGAAUCACAAGCCAUUUGGAUUCUUGAACAGUUUGUAUCAUGAUUGUCCUCCCAUGGCUUUUACAGCCUUGUACACACUUGGCACUACAAUCCCAGUAGAGAAGCACAGACAACAACAACAAAGCAGAAAUGAAGCAGCCAGAACAAAAUGAGGGCAUGAUCUGAUCAGUGAGAGCUUAGCAGAGACAGAAUCCAAAUUUGUAGCAUCCAUGUGAUCCAAACCAAAAUCAUGUUUUAAAUUCCUUCCAUUAUACAGUACAUUGUACCAAACUACUGGUGCAAUUGAGAACGUGUGUUUCUGUUAGGUACACAACAUUUUCCCCAGGAUAAAAUUUAUUGUGGGUUAAAUUCUGAUGAUCAUGUGUGAACUGUCAAGCAAUAUGUAUUUAUUUACAACUUAAUGUCUUAUUCUACUUCCUGUGUGGAUUAGGGUUAGUAUUUCAGCCCACUUUGUGAUAUUUUGUACAGAAACAUUUAAUUUGGAAAACGAUGGACACAAGAAAACGCCUACUAUAUAAUUAUUAACUGAACAGAAGAAAGUCUGCUGUUUGCACAACUGAACCAUUUCCAUAGUGGUUACUGAUGUGUCUUUUGGUAUGUGUAUUGGAGAAUGUGGCCUAUAUUUGCCUGUCCCUCUUUCUCCUCAAAGAGAGCUGAUUGCACAACUGUACCAUUUCUGUAGUGGUUACUGAUGUGUAUUUUGGUAUAUGUAUUGGAGAAUGUGGCCUAUAUUUGCCUGUCCCUCUUUCUCCUCAAAGAGAGCUGAUUGGUUAUUUGAAAGGAGGCUCCUCUUUACAACAGGUCAAAGACCAGUUAGUUUUAAGUCUUCACACAAAAUUCGGCUCAAUCUCUCGGUCUGUCUGCCGAAACUUCACUUAGGCUACUUGGGAACCAGGACAUCAGUCAUGAUGCAGCGGGCUUUCUUCGGUCGGAGCCUGCUACUCGCCCAGCAGGCAGCAGUAGGCCUGGACAGUCCACUGGCCCCUAGGAGCGCACCGCUGCUGCAGCGCCUGGAGCGCCCCAUGUCCUCUGUGACCAUCCCGCCGCCCGCAUGCAUGCUCCGUCCGCUCGAAGUUCCAAUGCGUUAUCUGUUCGGACCAGGACCGUCAAAUGUUCCUCCACGCAUAUUAGCUGCAGGAGCGAGGCAGAUCAUUGGUCACACGCACACGGAAAUGUAUGAGAUCAUGAAUGACAUCAAGAAAGGGAUCCAGUACGCCUUUCAGACAGAAAACCACAUGACUAUAGCGAUGAGUGGCUCCGGGCACGCGGCUAUGGAGUGUGCGGUGUUUAAUACGGUGGAGCCCGGAGAGAGCGUCCUCAUUUCCAUCAACGGAAUCUGGGGAGAGCGCGUUGCGGAAAUCGCUGAAAGAAUGGGUGCCAAUGUACAUAGAAUGGUAAAAACGCCUGGAGGAUAUUUCACAAAUAAAGAAAUCGAACAGGCCAUAGCAAAAUACAAACCUGUCCUGUUCUUCCUCGCACAUGGAGAGUCCUCUGCUGGCCUCUGUCAUCCAGUAGAUGGCAUUGGAGACAUCUGCAGAAAACAUAACUGCCUCUUCCUGGUCGACACAGUUGCCUCACUUGGAGCAGCACCAAUUUUUAUGGACAAGCAAAAUAUUGACAUCCUAUACUGUGGUUCUCAAAAGGCUCUGAAUGCACCUCCUGGCACAGCACCCAUCUCAUUUAAUGACAGAGCAUGCCACAAGAUGUUUAACAGGAAAACAAAACCAGUAUCUUACCUGUUUGACAUGACACAGUUGUCCAACUACUGGGGCUGUGAUGGCAAACCAGCCAGAGUAUAUCACCACACCGGUCCAGUGUCUGGAUUCUUUGCCCUGAGAGAGGCUCUGGCAAUUCUGGCUGAGAAGGGGCUGGAGGAGUCCUGGAAGAAACACAAGGAGGUGGCAGCUUACCUUUACAGAGGACUGGAGGACUUAGGUCUCAAACUCUUCAUUCCUGAGAGGGAUUUGCGGCUUCCCUCUGUUACCACCAUUGCCAUCCCUGAUGGCUAUGACUGGAUGGGACUGCUGACCUACAUCAUGAAACACCACCAAAUUGAAAUGACUGGAGGCCUAGGUCCUUCUGUAGGCAUGGUGAUGAGGAUUGGUUUGAUGGGAUACAACUGUGAGAAGACCAAUGCUGACUUGGCACUGCAUGCCCUCGAAGAUGCUCUGAAGAACUACAAAAAGAGAAGGGCUUAAGAGACUGCAUUCCCAGACCACUGAUGCUGUAUUCAUUCAGAAAGGAAGAAAAAAGAAACUAAACAGCCCAUGUUCCCGCAUGCAGGAGAUCUGGAACAGGAAUAUGCUUGAUUUUAUAAAAUGCAAUCCUUGUGCCUUUCUUGAUACUUUUAAAAUAAAG